AUGCACGUGAUGAAAUGUGUCAUUUCUUGCACACUCUUUAAACAUAGUUAUGUAGGGCACCCUUUAGAGGUGGUCGACUAGACUCUCUGUCCAGCCUGCUGAUCAGGACGGAUGUGGUGUGGAGUUCAGUUAGAAACAGGAAGCUCGUUCUACUCUCCCCCUUAACAGCUCUGUCACAGCAGCCUGUCUGUAAGUGGAGCUGUCAGUGUGAUGGAGGUGGCCUGAAGAGGCUUUACUGAAGGUAUGAUAGCGAUCUUCAGCCUACAAGGAUCUGUCCUCACCAUUGUGUCUGUGGCAUCGCUCAGUGUUUUCUCCGCUUUCUGCCUGUGGUGCAGGAGGAAAACCAUGAUCCAAUCCCAGUGUUAGUGUACCAGAAUGUUGAUGAGAGUACAAAUGCAGAGACCAGACAUUCUGAAACUGUUAUGUAGGGCACCCUUUAGAGGUGGUCGACUAGACUCUCUGUCCAGCCUGCUGAUCAGGACGGAUGUGGUGUGGAGUUCAGUUAGAAACAGGAAGCUCGUUCUACUCUCCCCCUUAACAGCUCUGUCACAGCAGCCUGUCUGUAAGUGGAGCUGUCAGUGUGAUGGAGGUGGCCUGAAGAGGCUUUACUAAAGGUAUGAUAGCCAUCUUCAGCCUACAAGGAUCUGUCCUCACCAUUGUGUCUGUGGCAUCGCUCAGUGUUUUCUCCGCUUUCUGCCUGUGGUGCAGGAGGAAAACCAAAAUAAUACAUGAAGAGAAUCAAAUUUAUGACCCUCAAAUAUUCUUACAUAACUCUGCCCACUCCACAGCCAAGGCGAAGGUAACAGAUUUGCAGUAAUGCGAUCUCAAACAGUCACACGAUCCAACCAGAUUAUAAGAGAGCUGCCGCCAACACCAGUGGAACCAAUACCACAAGCUCCGAUGGGAAACUUUGAACCAACAUAUGUAGAUCCAAUGCCAGUGUUAGUGUACCAGAAUGUUGAUGAGAGUACAAAUGCAGAGACCAGACAUUCUGAAAUUGAUGAUGAUCAAUGUUCAUAUGAGAACGUUUUUCCAUCUAGUGAUACAAUCAGCCGUGACUCUGAUGGAUCAGAUUACGAGAACUCUGAAUUCCUGGAGAAAAUCAAAAUGGGGUCAGGGGAUGAUGAACCAGUUUAUGUGAACAAAACUGCAUGAUAUGGAAACUACAUGCUCAACGAGUAGAUGACUAUGGGAAUGGAUUUUUCUUACGAUCUUUGUUGAGAUGCUUGGACAAAUGCUAAGUGAUACAAAUGUCAAUGUGCUAUACCAGAGCAAUGCCAUAAGGGUAAACGCCCAAACAGUGUUACUACUUCAUAAUGAAUUCCCUUGAGUCUAAAAAUGUAGGGGAAGCAUGUACAGUACUUUGAUUGUUGGAGUGUUACAUAGUAAUUGUCACCAUCUAGUGGUACAAGAUGAAUAAAAGAGCUCAGAAACAGUUGUAAAAUGUAGAUAACAUAUGUCAGUCUGUAAUAAUAAAUCCUUAAUUCAAAA